AUGAUAAUGAGCGGAAGCAUCAGUAGGGUGGAAAAUGGACCAGUCAGGUAUGCACAUAUUUUUACAAAGAAAAUGGCGAAUUCGACACUAAACGUUACUCGCUGCAACAAUCUGUGGAAGACCCGCAUGGGACUACGAACAGCGAGGAAAUACAAAAUAUUGGUAGUUAUCGAUGCCCUAUUUCCAAAAACGGAGAGGAAAACCUGUCCACCUAUCAUCAGUUUGUAGUGAUUAAAACAACUAAUUGGUAUUUUUCGAUCUGAAAGGAUUCAGAAUAA